CGCCCCUCGCCGCCGCUCCCGCCGCGCCCGCAGAUUUCUCCAUCUUAUCAAGGAGAAACAGUUUCCGACUUGGUAUUGCUGAUGGUAUUAUGCAAAAAUCAGAUCCUCAAAAAGAUGGAGAAAUUAUACAGAGAAACUGACUUGCUCAAAGUCAGAACAAGGUAUUGGUGGAUCCAGGGAUAAAUCCCAAACUUCUUAACUCCUUGACCAGUUUUUAGUCCAUUGACUAUGCAGCCUAGUGUAAUAGACUGGAAUGAAGUUAGGAAACACAAAUAUGGUCAUCUGCCAGAGUCUGCAUCCCAAUAUCAAGAAGCUGCUGACAUACUGGAGCUAGGUCAUUUUACCUGGGACAAAUACCUAAAAGAAACAUGUUCAGUCCCAGCGCCUGUCCAUUGCUUCAAGCAGUCCUAUACACCUCCAAGCAACGAGUUCAAGAUCAGCAUGAAAUUGGAGGCACAGGACCCCAGGAACACCACAUCAACCUGUAUUGCCACAGUAGUCGGACUGACAGGCGCCCGCCUCCGCCUGCGCCUUGAUGGCAGCGACAACAAGAAUGACUUCUGGCGGCUGGUUGACUCAGCUGAAAUCCAGCCUGUUGGUAACUGUGAGAAGAACGGGGGUAUGCUUCAGCCCCCUCUGGGAUUUCGGCUGAAUGCCUCCUCUUGGCCCAUGUUCCUUUUGAAGACGCUAAAUGGAGCAGAGAUGGCUCCCAUCAGGAUUUUCCACAAGGAACCACCAUCUCCUUCCCACAACUUCUUCAAAAUGGGAAUGAAGCUAGAAGCUGUGGACAGGAAGAACCCUCAUUUCAUCUGCCCAGCCACUAUUGGGGAGGUGCGGGGCUCAGAGGUGCUUGUCACUUUCGACGGGUGGCGAGGGGCCUUUGACUACUGGUGCCGCUUUGACUCCCGCGACAUCUUCCCUGUGGGCUGGUGUUCCUUGACUGGAGACAACCUGCAGCCACCUGGCACAAAAGUUGUGAUUCCAAAGAAUCCCUAUCCUGCGUCUGAUGUGAACACUGAGAAGCCAAGCAUCCACAGCAGCACCAAAACUGUCUUGGAGCAUCCACCAGGGCAGAGGGGGCGUAAACCAGGAAAGAAGCGGGGCCGGACACCCAAGACCCUAAUUCCCCAUCCCAUCUCUACCCCAUCCAAGUCAGCUGAACCUUUGAAAUUCCCAAAGAAGAGGGGUCCCAAACCUGGCAGUAAGAGGAAACCUCGGACUUUGCUGAACCCACCACCCACCUCACCAACAACCAGCACCCCUGAACCGGAUACCAGCACUGUGCCCCAAGAUGCUGCCACCAUCCCCAGCUCAGCCAUGCAGGCCCCCACAGUUUGUAUUUACUUGAACAAGAACGGCAGCACAGGCCCCCACUUAGACAAGAAGAAGAUCCAGCAGCUCCCUGACCAUUUUGGGCCGGCCCGUGCCUCUGUGGUGUUGCAGCAGGCUGUCCAGGCUUGCAUCGACUGUGCUUACCACCAGAAAACUGUCUUCAGCUUCCUCAAACAGGGCCACAGCGGUGAGGUUAUCUCAGCCGUGUUUGACCGGGAACAGCACACCCUCAACCUCCCAGCGGUCAACAGCAUCACCUACGUCCUCCGCUUCCUGGAGAAACUCUGCCACAACCUUCGUAGUGACAAUCUGUUUGGCAACCAGCCCUUUACACAGACUCACUCAUCACUCACUUCCACAGAGUACGGCCACAACCACGACAGGUACCUACCAGGUGAAGCCUUUGUCCUGGGGAAUAGUCUGACCCGGUCCCUGGAGCCACACUCAGACCCAAUGGACUCUACCUUGAAUCCCACCAACCUUGUCAACACCUCCCAAAAUCUUCGAGCCCCUGGGUAUCGGCCCUUGCUUCCAUCCUGUGGCCUCCCACAAAGCACUGCAUCAGCUGUGCGCAGGCUGUGCUCCAGGGGAGUGUUAAAACGAUCCAAUGAAAGAAGGGAUAUGGAGUCAUUUUGGAAACUAAAGCAUUCCCCAGGGUCGGACCGAUACCUGGAAAGCCGGGAUGCCCCUCGACUAAGUGGCCGGGACCCCUCCUCGUGGACAGUUGAGGAUGUGAUGCAGUUUGUCCGGGAAGCUGAUCCUCAGCUUGGACCUCAUGCUGACCUCUUUCGCAAACACGAGAUCGACGGCAAAGCCCUGCUUCUGCUGCGCAGUGACAUGAUGAUGAAGUACAUGGGUCUGAAGCUGGGGCCUGCACUCAAGCUCUCCUACCACAUUGACCGACUAAAACAGGGCAAGUUCUGAGCAGCAAGGCAGCCUAGACAGCCAAGUGGUCGAGCAGACAGAAGCACUCCUUCCCCAAGGAGGGCCACUGGCCUACAACUGGCCACCUCGGUGGAUUCAGGGGCGCCUCAGGACUCCAAGGAAGCUGUGUGGAGCCACCACUACCCCCUCCUGCCAUGAAGUAUCCUUCCAUGAAGGACAGAGGAGGGAGAGUGUGAGUCUCAGGGCUGGUGUUGCUCUCCCGUCGGCCCUGCCUGGGCUCCGAGGUCCCUUGUAUUUAUUCCUAAGCCUGGCUGGCUUCUCAACAGGAGUCUAGACUGGACACCUUCCAAGUUAUGGAGGAAGGGGCCAACCGCUGGGGCCUUGGAAGACAAGGCCUGCAUUGUGCCCGGUCCCCUCACCACCUCCUGGGCCCAGUGUGGCAUGCCCCACAGCGCCUGCCUUCUCCCACCAGCCCCCUAGGCUCCAAACUGAUGGUGCAGACCUCUACCUUUUUUAAAAAAAAAAGUUCUUUUCUUAUUGUUAACUUAUUCUUUCUGGCUUUUGGGCAAACCCUCUAGUCCACACUCCUUGCCCUGGAGACUGAGUCUCAGGAGGAGGGAGGAUGCCCUGCCAUGGCCCCAGAGAGACCCUCUCCAGUAGGCCUGGCCCCUUCUCAGGGGGCACCACCCUGGGCACUUGCUCUUCGGUCUGAACAUGCCCAGAAAGCCUUGACCACAGCACUCAGCAUGGGGAGGAGAGGGUCCCUUUCACCCUUCCCUCCCUUCCCCCACUGGGCCUCAUCUGUGGGAAUGGGGGCACCCCACCCUAUCCUCAGACAGUCCGUCCCCCACCCCAGCUCUUUGCCCUGGCCAGAACUGCUGCCGAAGAAGAUUGGACCCAUUGAUUUUAGUCCAGGAAGGCCCUAAGAUGGAUGGAAGGAGGGGUCUCCAGGCCGGAGUCUGGCUCCACACACUCUGCUGUCCAUGUGCUUCCUUUGUAAGCAAGUCAGCGGCACAGAUGCCCCUGCUGCCAUCUGGACUUAUUUUAUGUCAGUUCGUUUAUAAAUAAAAACCAAUAUAGAUAC